UUACCUCCUCUCGGGUUCUUGACAACACCUUCAAUCGACGUGAAGAUCGAGGCGUUUUAAUUUCUUCCUCCUUUUCCAGAUUUUUCUUUUUUUCGCAGUAAGAGGAGGCGGAGGAACGGGGGAGUCCCCGUUCAGAUUUAUCUUCUUUUCUCCUUCCGUCCUCCACCCUCCCCCCCUUUCAGCCACGGCGCAACGAGCCAUUUUUUAGCCAUGGGAGCAAGGACCCGUUUGUAAGUUUUGUCGCCUUUUCCGCACUUUGUUUUUCUUCGAAUUUUUUCUCUUUGGUUCUUCCUCAAUGGUAGCGGCCACCAUAACCAACCCUCCUCCUCCAGUACCUUCCCCCCCUAGGUUCCCGCGAACAACAAUUUGGGAAGCACGACGGACGGAGAGCGCGUUCGGAAAGGUUGUAAGUCAAUUUCUCCCACAUCGAUUAGUUUCGUUACCUAGGGCUCGUUACAGUAGGCUCGUUACAGUUUCCCGAGCGAAUGACCCCCACCUCACCGUGGUGCUCGGGUGAACGCUAGGGGCUUUGCCCCUAGCGGCCAAGAGGGGUCAAAAUUUUUAAGUGAUAGCGCGACCAGCGCGGUUUAGAACUUAAAUAUAGAACCAGGACUGCACUUAUGUAUGCCUUGUACUGUAUAUAAAACUUAUAAUAAACU